UUACAAUUAGAUGGUUGCAUUGUUAAGUGAUUGCCAAGGAAGAUUUGUGAUAAGGAUGCCUCGGUUGGCCAUGCUGUCCCAGUACACCAACGUGCCUGGAGAGACCCCCCCUCGAUCUCCCUGCAGUCCUGCGAGCAGCCCCGUCGCAGGAGUGUCCUCAAGGAGCGUAAGUCCUUCAUCGCCUCGCUCCCCAGCGUCCAGGCACAGCGCCUUCUCUCUAGUCUACCCCAAGGAUUUACAAAGGAGUAAAAAUUAUUUAACAGUUAAUGGUAUGAGUGCUUUAAUGUACGCCAACUCACUGAGUCCUUUGGUGUCCUCACCCUACCCCCCGUACAUAUGGCACCCGAUUCCCGGACUCUUCUUGCCCUACUCCCCUGCACAUCGCCCGGAAUCGCUCAGUCCUGACCGGGUUACAGUCGUGGACAAAGGCUGCGCCCCGGAAAAAGCAAAAAUAGACGAGGAUGCGCCGCUGAAUUUGUCCUUGAAAGGGAGGUCAAGGACACACAGCAUAUGGUCCCCGGGUAGUUUGUGCGAACAAGAGAUGAAGUCGGUGGAAAAACCGGAUUCAAGCGUCGGUUCUACAAUUAUCAGUCCGGUAAAAACAAUAGAGAGUCGAUGGAAAUGGGACCAGGAUAGGGACCUGCAAACCAAAGCCCCCACUAUAGGGCCCAUGGGAGAAAAGCAAUUUACGUGUCAGCAAUGCGGGAAAUCCUUCAAGAGAUCGUCGACCCUCUCCACGCACCUCCUGAUCCACUCGGACACGAGGCCCUACCCCUGCCAGUACUGCGGCAAGAGAUUUCACCAGAAAUCUGACAUGAAAAAACACACCUACAUCCACACGGGCGAAAAGCCCCACAAGUGCGUCGUGUGCUCGAAGGCCUUCAGCCAAUCCUCCAACCUCAUCACGCACAUGCGCAAACACACAGGCUACAAGCCCUUCUCCUGCGGCCUCUGCGAUAAGGCUUUCCAGAGGAAAGUCGAUUUGAGGAGACACCGAGAGUCCCAACACCCCACAGUGCCGGAAUCCGUCAUCAGCAGUGUGUACAGACCGACAGACAUCGAUGUGAAGCACGAGAUCAGCAGCAGCAGCAGCUAGAGAGGUUUUCCAUGAGUUACCAUACAUAUUUCUCGAACAAAUCUGUGUGAAUUGAUAUAUUUCUUAUCAGAGAAGGGUGUGGGGAUGAUAACAAUAAAUGAUACAAGGUAAUCCUAAAACCAAAGUUCGUUUAGAAUUUAAAAGAAGCCAGACAAAUAGAAGCGGAAAUCAAUAAUUUGCUUUAUAAAACAAAGAGGGUCAUGAACUGAUCCCUGAAGUACACUGUAUCUAAUUAAUAUUUACAAAAUCAGCAAUUAAGUAUUAACAAUAAUACUGUUAUCUCUACCAACCCCUUUAACUGGUAUUCAUUCUAAGUUGUUUGCCAUUUGGGAUUGCCAUAACUUGUUGUGCCAUUCAAGCAGAAAUUGCCCGUGUCCUUUUGGUGCCAUGUCCAAAAAUGUUGGCCAAGUUAAUGCCAUUUUAUAUCCAAUCCGUCCAAAAACGACCAAAGUAAAGGUAUACGCUUAGUUGUCUUAUAAGAUGCUAGGGUGUAUUCAGACACUUUUAGUGAUAAAAUUUCUAACAACUAUCGAAAUUGAAAACUAUUUUUGUAAAUAUAUUAAUAAAUUUUCGUGCUUUCAAUUGUACUUUUAAGAAACAGUUAAGCUAUGACUAUUUCAGUAGCUUUUUGUAAAAGUAUUGGGACUUCGAACCAGUCUAGUCUAAGUUCAAUCAGUUUAUGAAGUACUGUUGCGUUACCAAUCUUGAAAAAGUGCAAAUAAGUUCGAAAUUCGUUUGAAACUUUGGAUUUUGAUGCUUCAAAUUUCAGUUAUAAGCUGCUUUUAGUUGAAAUUAUCGACACCAAGUGUAUUUUCCAUCCUAUUAGAACAUGUAAUUAUCACAUCCUUGGGUAAUUAUUAUUUUUUGUUUUUCGUCAUAUGUUUUUCCUCUUUUUACGUUGAAAGGAGCAAGGUUAUUAGCGCAGUUUUCGACCCAAUUGAAAAAUUUUAAAAAUUGCAUAAUUUUUAUAGCUUUGAGUAAAACGGGUAA